AAGCUUUGCAGAUAGCUGACUGAGAGGCUCCGUUUGCAGUUUUGGGGGGAUUUUUUGAUCAACUGGGGUGGACUUACUGGACAGACAUGCUUGCUCAUGACUCACUGGUGGAUCGAACAGUUCGAAUCAUCAAGACCAGUGUGAUGGAACAUCAGAGGGCAACUUCUCAGACUUUAAACCCAAUGUGAUCUAUGAUAAUAAUGAGUUUCUGUUUUGGUUGUCUUUUUUUUUAAAAAAGAAGAUCUCUCUCGGUUGGAGGAAUUCCAGCCUGUCAGCUAUUUUGGUUCCUGUCUUGUUGCUUUCACUAUUUUGUGAAAGGAGACGUAAAAAGGAAGGAAGGGGAGAGCUUAAACAGAGAGAGGAGGAGGAGGAGGAGGAGGAGGAGGAGAGAGAGAGACGUAUACAGCCGGAGCGUCUCGGCAGGCGUCAGUUGUUUUCAGAGGCUGCUGAGAAGCGAGAAGUGAAAAGGCAACAUGGUUCGGUGGUUCCACAGAGACAUCACAGGCCUGCAGGCCGAGGAAAUGCUGAAGACUCGAGGCAUCCACGGCAGCUUUUUGGCUCGACCCAGCAAAAAAAAUGUGGGAGAUUUCUCCCUGUCUGUCAGGGUGGGUGAGAUGGUGACCCACAUCCGGAUCCAGAACACAGGAGACUUCUACGACCUGUACGGCGGGGAGAAGUUUGCCACCCUGUCAGAGCUGGUGGAUUACUACACAGCGGAGAACGGCAUCCUGCAGGACAAGGACGGCACCGUCAUCGAGCUCAAAUACCCCCUGAACUCCUCUGACCCCACCACAGAGAGGUGGUACCACGGUCACCUGUCCGGGCCAAACGCAGAGAAGCUGCUGCUGGCGCGAGAUGAGCCGGACACCUUCCUGGUCAGAGAGUCGCUGUCCAAACCCGGAGACUUUGUCCUGUCGGUCCUCACCAACGAGAAGAGCAAGACUGGAGGAAAGAGGGUCUCCCACAUCAAGAUCAUGUGUCAGAAUGACCGGUAUACAGUGGGAGGUCAGGACAUGUUCGACACGCUGACGGACCUGGUGGAGUAUUACAAGCGCAAAGGCAUCGAGGAGAUCUCUGGGAACUGGGUGUAUUUCAAACAGCCAUAUUACUCCACCAGAGUGAAUGCAGCAGACAUCGACAGCAGAGUGAGACAGCUGGAUCAGACCUUGCAGCAGCAGCAGGAGACCGAGGGCGAGAAGAGCAAGGCGGGCUUCUGGGAGGAGUUCGACGCUCUCCAAAAGAUGGAGGCGAAGGUGAAGAAGAGCCGAGAGGAGGGCCAGAGACCUGAGAAUAAGAGCAAAAACAGAUACAAGAAUAUUCUUCCCUUCAAUGACACCAGGGUCAUCCUGAAGAACGCCGAUCCAGAUGUUGUGGGUUCAGAUUACAUCAACGCCAACUACGUCAGAAACACUCUAUGGGAGUCUGGAAAUCAGAAAGUUUACAUCGCCUGCCAGGGCUGCCUAGCAACAACUAUCAACGACUUCUGGCAGAUGGUGUGGCAGGAGAACACGAGGGUGAUCGUCAUGACAACAAGGGAGGUGGAGAAAGGACGGAAUAAAUGUGUGCCGUACUGGCCCGACAACCAGAGCACCAGGGAGGCCGGUCCGUACCUGGUGUCCUGCACCUCAGAGAGGGAAGCUACUGAUUACAAAGUGCGAGUUUUGGAGAUCACUCCUGUGGAUGAGCCAAAACGAAGUCGCACCAUCUGGCACUACCAGUACAUGAGCUGGCCCGACCACGGCGUCCCUCAGGAGCCGGGUGGUGUCCUCAGCUUCCUCAACCAAGUGAACAAUAAGCAGGCUGAAUAUCCUGAUACUGGACCCAUGAUCAUCCACUGCAGUGCUGGGAUUGGUCGAACAGGCACCAUUGUGGUGAUUGACAUGAUCCUUGAGACCAUUGACACUCUAGGUCUGGACUGCGAUAUCGACAUCCCAAAAUACAUCCAGAUGGUGCGAGAGCAGCGCUCUGGUAUGGUGCAGACAGAGGCCCAGUACAAGUUCAUCUACCUGUCUGUGUCCGAGUACAUACAGACCACCAAGGCCAAAGACUGCGCCUACAUGGAAACUGAUACAGAAUAUGGAAAUCUGCAACUCAAACACCAACCAGCGAGCAGGAAGGCCUCAAAAAACAAGGAAGACGUUUACGAGAAUCUGUCCAAAGGAAAGAAGGAUAUGAAGAAGCAGAAGUCCGACAAGAAAAGUGGCUCAGUAAAGAAAAGAUAGAGGAGGCUGAGAACGUUUUUAAUCGUCAUUUUGUUAUAUUUAUGCAGGCGCUCUUUUGUUAAAGAUUUAUAUUUUAGUGGAGACCUUUUACAAAAUAAAACUUGAGGUGAAAAAUCAGAAGAAAAGGAAAACUGAUUUGUCACAUGAAAGCUUGGCUGAUGCUUUUGUUGAAAAUAAAGGCAGAGCAUUUGUAAACA